AUGUCUAAUUUAACAACUUUCUCUUAUUUUAUUCUCGGAGCUUAUUUGAAUGUUGGAAAAUUGCAAUAUUUCUAUUUCACAAUAACUGCUUUGCUUUACUUUGUUAUAUUUUUUCUAAACACAUCACCGAUUGUCUUUAUCUGUGUGAACAGAAGCUUACAUGAACCUAUGUACAUGUUUCUGUGCAGCCUGUUUGUAAAUGAGCUGUAUGGUAGUACAGGGCUGUUUCCAUUCCUCCUGAUUCAGAUCCUCUCUGAUGUUCACACUAUUUCUGUUCCUCUGUGCUUCCUGCAGAGUUUCUGUGUUCACACAUAUGGAAGUAUAGAAAUUUCAAACUUAGCCGUCAUGUCUUAUGACAGAUAUCUUGCUAUUUGUUCUCCUCUACAUUAUAAAACAAAAAUGACAUCUAACAAUACUGCUGUUCUUAUUACUGUGGUAUGGCUGUACUGUUUUGCAAAAAUUAUUAUUCAUAUAUCCUUAAACCUGCGUCUGACCCCAUGUGGAAAUGUUUUAAACACUUUGUAUUGUCAUAAUUAUCCAGUUGUUAAGUUGGCAUGUUCUGACACAAAGGUGAAUAAUAUUUAUGGGGUUUUUGAUAUUUUUCUCUUGCUUGUUGUCCCUCUUCUUCUAGUCCUGUUCUCUUACACGAGAAUCAUGAAAGUGUGUUUUUCUGGCUCCAAAGAGGCGAGACAAAAAAGUGUCAGUACCUGCACACCUCAGGUUGUGUCACUCUUGAAUUUUUCCUUUGGUUCCGGCUUUGAAAUGUUACAAAGCAGAUUCGAUAUGACCAGCUUACCCAGCGCACUGCGACUCUUCCUGUCUCUGUAUUUUCUCAUGAUGCAACCGAUUUUGAAUCCGAUCGUGUACGGAAUACAAAUGUCAAAAAUCAGAAAUGUUUAUAAACAUGUGCUCUGUUCUAAAAUUUCAUCUGCAGUGGUUGUGGCCCAGGUGGCUGCAGUGGUUGUGGCCCAGGUGGCUGCCGUGGUUGUGGCCCAGGUGGCUGCAGUGGUUGUGGCCCAGGUAGCUGCAGUGGUUGUGGCCCAGGUAGCUGCAGUGGUUGUAGCCCAGGUAGUUGUAGAGGUAUUAACCCAGGCAGCUGCAGUGGUUGUAGCCCAGAUAGCAGAGAUGUUAGCCCAGGCAGCAGCAGGGGUGGUAGCCAGGUUAGCUGUGGCCCAUCCAGGAAUGUACUGCCUGUACUGGUUUACGAUCGCCUCUCACUGCUUUCCAUCCGUGCCUCCAUGA